AUGGAUGAAGCAACUAUAGCACAAUUAAUUGAAGAACGAAGAAAUGCUCGUCAAAUAAAUCUAACAGAUCAAGUAGUGAACAGAACUGGUAUUACUAUACAACCUAUGCAAACAACAAUUUCAGAUAUAUCAAUUAGACAUGAGCAACCACUAGAUAAGGAUAGAAAUCAAAGUCAAACAACAACGACUACAAUCAAAAAUUCAAGUAAACGUACAAGAGAUACUAUAGCAAAAGAGAAUAUUGAUAAUGUUGCUAAAUCGUCGAGUCAAUUAUCAUUUUUUCAAUCAUCUACAAAGAAAAUGAAGAAGAAGAAUAAGAAGAAAAAGAACAAGAAGAAGAAGAAAAGACGACAAAGAAAAAUCAAGAACAUUAUCAAAAAUAUCAAUCAUCGACAAUCAGCUUAUUUAAAGGUAUCCUGGAAUUCGUUAAUGAACACUUUAAGAAUAAAUCUAAAACAUCCUCUUAAAAAAAGCAAUGAACAAAAAUUCGUCUAUAGACGAUUACAUCUGUUCAAUGAAGAAUAUACUUUAGAUCUUAAUCGAUAUUUAUGGCAAUCAUAUUUGGAUAUUGGAUCACAACAACAGCCACAACCACAAGUCUGGCCAAGUGAAGUCUGUAUAAUGGCUCAAACUGAUGAACCAAAUUCAUGUAAACAAUAUAUCGCUGAGUAUUUGAAUGAAAUUAAAAAUCAUCUUGAUCUAUGCUAUGCUAAAUUAAAUACACAAGUACAAUCAUGGAUAUCAACACUUCCUCCACGAGCAAUACUCGAUGAUAAUCUUAAACAAUUUGUUCGUCUACAAAACAAACAUUUAUCCAAAAUGAUAAAUAAGCAAUUAACACAAUAUAAAAAUAUCCUAGAGGAAAAUAAUGCAUUCCAACAAAUAUCACUCUAUCUAACACCGAACGAUCAGGUACACGUGAAUGAAUUAAUCAAUAUACAACAAAUACAGAAACAACUACUAGAAGAAUUCAUCAUGUUAGAACAACGAGUAUUCUGCAAAUUAUUACCCAAUAACUUCGAUUCUCUAGACCAUUUAAUUGAAUCUCAUCUUAAUAAACCUUUGAUUCAUGAUAUAUCAUCUAUUGAAUUUAAAAAUCAAAGUGAUAGAAUUAUACAACAAGUCAAACGUACAUGGUUAAAUAUUUACUAUAAGGCUUAUGAAAUGAAAAUUCAAGAAUAUGAAGAACAAUACAUAGAAAAUCUACAUAUGUUUCAACUACGAUUUGAAUCUAAAAAUAAUGUCGAUAAAAUAUUUCGUCUCAAUUCAAUUAAAACUUAUUUAAAUAAUCGAAAACAAAGAAUGAUUGAAGAGAUCUAUAUCAAUAUGUCAGAUUACAGAAAAAAAUUACUCAAUUAUCGUAAACGUUUAACGAAAACAAAGAAAAGUAUAGAUGUAUCACCAAAAC